GUGUGUGUGUGUGUGUGUGUGUAAAGUGUCAGUCUGUCAGUGUGUGCGUGUGAGUACGUGUGUCGAUCAUGGCUUACCAACUAAAACUAGCAGAGAAACUGGUGGUUUUGAACGAACGAGGAAAAGGAGUGUUAAUCCGCAUGAACUACAUCAAAAAGACAUGCGCUGAUCCGAAGCGACGACCUGCAUUUCUCUCUGAUAAAGCAAUGGAACCUGCAAUCAAAUUCAUCAACAGGAAAUUUCCUAACAUUGACUUCAGAGGAGGAACUCAGCAACUCAGCAGCAUUCAGAAACAGAAGUCAGCUGUCCUGGAGGCUCUUAGCAGCUUUUAUGACUCGUUUAUUGAUGUAAUGGAGUUCAGGGAUCAUGUCUAUGAGGUUCUGAACACCAUCGACGCCUGCCAGUGUUUCUUUAACAUCGCCGUUAACUUUGACUUCACUAAGAAUUACCUGGACCUGAUCAUCACCUACACGUCCCUCAUCCUCAUGUUGUCUCGCAUCGAUGAUAGAAAAGUUCUGAUCGGCAUGUACAACAGCGCUUACGAGCUCUCUAACGGCAGCAGUGAUCCAUCAUUCCCUCGACUUGGACAAAUGAUUAUUGAGUAUGAAAAUCCUUUGAAAAAACUCACUGAGGAGUUUGGACCACAUACCAAGUCAGUGACAGAGGCUCUGGUGUCGCUGCAGUUUGUGUAUCCUAGGAGAAACUUGCAGGUGGAGCAGUGGCGCAGCGCACAGCUUCUGAGCAUCAUCCACACUCCAGCAACCAUCAUCAAUCCCCAGAUCAGUGAAACGAUGGCAUGUGAGUAUUUGUCUGUGGAGGUGAUGGAGCGCUGGAUCAUUUUGGGAUUUCUGUUGUGCCACAGCAGUCUGGCUGCGAAUGCUGUGUCUCUGGAUUUGUGGAAAAUGGCUUUACGCAGCGGUUUUUACAUCACACUCAUCCGAGACGAAGUCAUCAACAUCCAUAAAGUGUCUGAGGAACACUUCGACUCCAUUAAAGGUUACAGUAAACGAGUUGCUGAUAUUAAAGAGUCUAAAGAAAACGCAACGGUGAACUGUGGAGCAAUUCAUCGGGAGAAAAGACAUUACCUGAGAAAUGCUCUGAAGGAGCUGACCAAGGUGCUGGAGGAUCAGCCUGCUCUUCUUGGACCGAAGGUGUUGUUUGUGUUUAUGGCCUUGGCCUUUUCACGUGAUGAAAUCUGCUGGUUGGUGCGUCAUCACGAAAACGUCCCCAAAACAAAAUCUCCUGAGGAUUACACUGACACGCAUGUAGCGGAGCUGCUGUUCUACAUGGAGAGGCUUCGUGCUCUACUUCAGCGCUAUAACUCGGUGGUUCAGCGUUAUCACCUGCAGUAUCUCUCUCGCUUCGAUGCUCUCGCGCUCAAGGACACUAUACAGAACAUUGUUGUGUGUCCUGAAGAGGAGUCGGUGCUCAUGACGUCGUUCGUGUCUGAUCUGAGCGCACUCACACUCAAACAGUUGGAGUGUGGAGAUGAACUGGACUUUAAAGCUCUGAGACUUGACUGGUUACGAUUACAGGCAUACACAAGUGUGUCUAAAGCCCCUUUAGCCCUGAAGGAUUACAGUGAUCUCGCUAAAAUCAUGAACAUGACGCAGUUUCACACUCGAAUGAUGGAUGACCUGGAUGAACUUCUCACUGAGACAGCUGAUUUAUCCAUACUUGGGUUUCACCCGCGAGUAUGUGAGCGUUUGUUCUCUCAGAGCAGUGAGGAUGCGUCAAUGCACAAAUUCUUGAUGGCUUUCCCAAUGACCUGCUCCCACUUCAGCGACAGCACGCACACACUGUGUCCUGAAGAGGCAGACCUGAUGGAGAAACACACUCUCAGGCUGUGUGUAACGUUCCUGGAGCAGAUCGCUAUUCAGACGUGUUCAGUCUUUCUAGAACUUUCUGCUGAACACAGUAACCUACAUGAACAGUUGUUGCCGAAACACUCUGCUGAGACGAUUAGUACUGCACGCAACAAGAAACUGAAAAAACCUCCACCGAAGAAAGGAGAGAUGGUGAAGAGCAAACCAGGAGCUGAGAGUCAGAGAAAGAACAGAUCUGUGGUUACCACGAUGGAUAAGCUGCAUGUGGCUCUGACGGAACUCGGCUCUUCCUAUAAUGUGUGUUCAGAGUUCAGUGUGUUUAAUCACCUCAUCGUUCCUACAGAGUUCCUCAUCUCACAGCUGGAAAUGCGCCUCAGCAAGAUUAUCGUGCGUUUGGUAAACUUUAACGCAAACACACGUGAGAUCUGUCGUCCAUCUGAACUGCUGGCCCUGAUUGAGUCCUACAUGACCAGCUUACACACACUGGGCUCCUUCAUCAACAUCGACGUCAGCCGCGUCAUGAGGAGUGUCCUGCUGCAACACACACACCCGCUCGAUGCACAAGGCACACACACCAUCACCACACUCUACACAAACUGGUAUUUGGAGAGUUUGUUGCGGCAGGCGAGUGGCGGCAUCAUCGCCCACUGUCCCACAAUGCACUGCUUCAUCAAUAUCAGUGUGGAAAACGAACAGGGCUUCAAACCCGAGGAGUUCUCCGAUAUCUGUGAGAUGCGUGCUCUGGCAGAGCUGAUUGGUCCAUAUGGAAUGAAGUUUCUUGGAGAGAAUCUGAUGUGGCACAUCACGUCUCAGAUCUCAGAGCUAAAGAAGCUGGUAUUUGAGAACAUGGACGUUUUGGUGCAGAUCCGAGCAAAUUUUGAGAAACCUGACAUCACGAACAACCUUCAGAAGAGACUCACAGGCUGUGAGAAUGUGCUGAAGCGUUUGACCAUCAUCGGGGUGAUUCUGUCAUUUCGCACAAUGGCUCAGGAAGCUCUGGAGGAGGUGAUGCAGAAACACUGUUCAUUCCUGAUGGGACCCAUCGAGUGUGUGAGAGAUCUUAUCAACCCUGACACUGACAUCAAGGUGGUGCUGAGUGUAUAUGAGUUGGCAUGUUCAGCUGGCAUUCAGUGUGAUAUUGAUCCAGCUCUUGUUGCUGCCUUUGCUAACAUGCGCUCAGACAAUGCAUCAGUGGAGGAGGAAUAUAAACUUGCAUGUCUCCUGCUGGUGUUCGCUGCAGUUUCACUGCCCAUUCUCGCCAUCGAUCCAAACUCAUUCUACAAACGAGAAUAUGGAGGUCACCAAAACAACAUCCACUGUCUCGCUACCGCCAUCAACCACCUGACCGCUGCCAUGUUCACCGUCCAGAACAAGAACAUAGAACAGCACCUUCGCGAAUUUCUGCUGAUUGCAUCAUCAGCAUUACUGCAGCUUGGACAGAACAUUGAUAAAGUGGAGAUCAGACACAGAGACUCGGUCUAUCUGCUGUUGGACAUGAUCGUGGAACAGUCUCCAUUCCUCAGUCAGGACAUUUUGGAGAACUGUUUCCCUUACGUGCUGCUGCGUAACGCCUACAGAGAAGUACACAAAACUGUAAUACUUCACACUAUGGGAUAAACCUGGAAAACACACACACACACACACACACACACACACACACACACACACACACACACAUUACUGGAGCUCAUAUCAGUGUAUCAGGUACACUUAAACCCUGUGUAAACAUGAACAUCCCAUAAUUCACUGUAACAGAACACUGACAUGGACGCAAGCAACAGUGACUCACAAUCUUUUAAAUUAAACUAAGUGUUUUUUGAUUAAAUAAUAAACCUGUAUAACACACACACACACACACACACACACACACACACACACACACACACACACACACACACAGUAAAGUAAAAGACAAGGAGUAAAGAAACUGCAAUUGAGAGUGUGUGGCCAAGAACUGGAGAAAGCAGAAAGUAAACAGAAAUUAAACAGGAAGUUAAUAGGAAGUGCCUGCUGUGUAGAACUGUUUCAGAUUUAAUGUUCUAAUGGUAAAAUUCUUCAUUAUUAUAAAUAAAUGAUAAAUAAUCAUUAAUCUCAGUUUUUAACCUGUGGUGUGAAACUUUACCACUUUGUUUGUGUCUCUGUUCUAAUCAUCUGCUUCAAUCAUGUGUUGAAUAAAAGCCUCACCCCC